GAGUUGUUUUCCACAAAGGCGGCGAAGAAUCUAUGAUUAGUCUUGGUUUUGUCGCAAAGCAUCCGGAGGAUAUUAAGGACAUACGGUUUGACUAUAUGGAAUCGUCCCAAGACUACCGAGUCAGUCCAAUCAGGCCUGAGCUCAGAGCUGCUAUGGCCAAGUAAGCAAAAACUGACUUUUCUUGUUUGGAUCGCACUGUUUGUGAACAAUUUCUUGCUGUGGCUAAGAUAAGUAAGGAAGUGCCGUUUGAGAACAGUCCUCAACCCUACUACCAUAAAGGCUUCGACCACAUGUACCAACUGUGGACGUACCUAUUGGAUGAGCCAGGAGCCCCACCAUUUUCCUGGCCUAUUAAGUAGUGGCAAGAACGAUGCCACCUGGAUCGUGGAGUUAUUGAGAAAGAUAUUUGGAAUGAGAAAACUCGGUUGGUCGGCUAUCAUUUGGCUUCUGCAUGUGCAGUUAAUGCCUUUAUUCCCUGAUUGGGCUGAAAACCUUACCAGAGAAUGGAAGGAAGAUAUCCAGAAUAAACUGGGCGACAACGGAGUCCUGCUACUGCCGAGUGCGCCGUCAGCAGCGCCAUACCACUACUCUUGUUUCAUGCGACCUUUCAACUUUUCUUACUGGGCGGCUGUGAACGUGCUGAAGUGUCCUGCUACUCAGGUAAAAGACAGAUGUAAUACAAAAGCUACGUUUUUUGAAAAUGGUGUGUAG